AUGAAGUAUUUAGCCGCAUAUUUGUUAUUGAACGCCAGUGGUGCCACUCCAAGUGCCGACAAAGUCAAGGCCGUCCUAGAGUCUGUUGGUAUUGAAGCCGAAGAAGACAAAGUCUCCGCUCUGUUGUCCUCAUUGGAAGGUAAGUCUGUCGAUGAAUUGAUCGUUGAAGGUAACGAGAAAUUGGCUGCCGUUCCAGCUGCUGGUCCAGCUACCGGUUCCGCUGGUGCCGCUGCUGGUUCUUCCGAAGGUGCUGCCGAAGAAGCUGCUGCCGAAGAAGAAGCCGAAGAGUCUGACGACGAUAUGGGUUUCGGUCUAUUCGAUUAA